AUGAAGACCCCUCGGGGCAGCAUUUCGGUGCUUCUGCCGCUGCUGCUUCUGAAUCUGCUCCGUGUCUCCCGGGCCCAGAGCAGCUGCAUCGGGCCAUCCAUCCCUGGCAUCCCGGGCAUUCCCGGGAAACCAGGCCCUGACGGCAAGCCUGGGACUCCAGGGACAAAGGGAGAGCAAGGGCUUCCAGGGCUAGUUAGACACCUCAACGAGAAUGGCGAGAAGGGGGACCCAGGGUUUCCUGGGAUGCCGGGAAAAGUCGGCCCCAAGGGCCCUGUUGGGCCCAAGGGUGUCCCAGGGCCUCCCGGAGCCCGCGGCCCCAAGGGUGAAUCAGGAGACUACAGGGCCACGCAGAAAAUUGCCUUCUCGGCCUCACGCACCAUCAACCACCACCUGAAAUCAGGCCAGCCCAUCCGCUUUGACCAUGUGAUCACCAAUGCCAAUGAAAACUACCAGGCUCGGAUCAGCAAGUUCACGUGCAAGGUGCCCGGGCUCUACUUCUUCACCUACCACGCCAGCUCCCGAGGACAGCUGUGCGUGGACAUAAUGCGGGGCUGGGAGGCGCCCCGGAAGGUGGUCACCUUCUGCGACUACGUCCAGAACACCUUCCAGGUCACCACAGGCAGCAUUGUGCUCAAGCUGGAGAAGGAAGAGACCGUCUUCCUGCAGGCCACCGACAAGAACGCCCUGGUGGGCAUCGACGGCGCCAACAGCAUCUUCUCCGGCUUCCUGCUCUUCCCUGACGCAGAGGCAUGA